CUCUUUGUUUACAUCGGGGUUGAAGCGGAAACCAAAACAACAUCAUCUCUGCGGAAAGAAUAUCGUCCGCAAUUUGUGCGUUGGUCGUGAACGGUGGAAUAAUGGCGGAUGAAAACGAAAACUCGUGCGAUAAGUUCGACGACGUGAAGCCGGAUAAGAUGUUUACGCUGAAGAAGUGGAAUGCGGUCGCGAUGUGGAGCUGGGACGUGGAGUGCGAUACGUGCGCUAUCUGCCGUGUGCAGGUCAUGGACGCUUGCCUACGCUGCCAGGCGGAGAGCAAAAAGGACACGCUAGGCCGCCAGGACUGUGUCGUCGUGUGGGGCGAAUGCAACCAUUCCUUUCACCACUGCUGCAUGUCGCUGUGGAUUAAGCAGAACAAUCGGUGCCCGCUGUGCCAGCAAGAGUGGUCCAUCCAGCGCAUGGGCAAGUGAGCGCUGGGCCAACCAAUCAACCAACCAUCCAACCAAUUCAUGGACGCAAACGUGUUCUACUAUUACGCAUUUCGGACAAAAACAUUCAUUGGAGAUUUAAAGUGGAAAGGAGAGAAAGAAACGUCAUCCGAAUCUCGUUGGUUGCAUGUUGUUGUCUAGAUUUUUCUUUUUUUAAAUAAAUAGGUGACAUCGCGAGCCAUUCGAAAAUUCA